AUGUGUUCAUGCUGGCCCAUCAAGGACAUAAUCCUCGAGGAAGAUGAUCCUCCCACGAGACCUCGUCAGCAAAUGUUCCAGUACGUAUGGGAUGGACAGCGAUGGGUGCCUCGCGUAGGAAGUCCGCCAGAUAUCUAUAUCACCGCCGACGGAUAUAUCAAACAUCCAGACGCCUAUGUCGCCGCCGCCGACGCCGACGAUCUCAACAGGCCUGUCCCCGUGGGUCUCGUCAGAUGGCCGGCCCUUCCCAGUCACUUUGUUGGUCUUUCCCGUAUCUUGAAGCAAAAUUUUCCUCUACUUAAGGCUGUUUGGAAGUUUCCCAGACCUGAAACCAUCAUUCAUUACACAACUCAACCAUCACAGCUGGGGCUCCAACAGUACUACCACUCCUCCAAGCACCCAGCUGCAAUUCUCAGAACCUUUUCUCUCUUCUUCUUUUCUACUUCUCUGUUGAAUCCAUUCGACUCAACUACGGAGCGGGUUACCACGAUGCCAGCAAAGAAGGGCAAAAAGGUCACGAUCGAAGACGAGGUCCCCGUCCGCCCCAUCCUUCGAUCUCGACGAGAUUCCUCUGAUGACGACGAGUUUUCCAGUGCCAACCCCGCUGCUGGUACUGCCUCCGAUCCCAACUUCAAGGGUGCUGGUGUUCAACAGUUUUACACGGUUGGAGCUCAUACUCGAGGUGUCGUCAACGGCCCCAAUCCUGCCUUCGGACAGCAGCCCUUCAUUCAUUGGACUGGAGGCCAGCCUCAGCAGGCAUCUCAGGUUCGUCCCGGCAUUGGCCUUGCCUAUCAUCCAGCUACUGGUCUUGUGCCCCACCCCGGAGCUGCUACUACAAGCUUCUUCAACCAAGCUCAGUCCUCUUUCCUGGUCAGUCACACCCACGAUUUCCAACCUCGCAAACAGGAGACCCAACUCCUCGCUGCAAAAUCCAAUCCAUUCAAUUCCCAUCACCAUUUCCAAGUUGCACAAACACUUCAGAAUCAUUUCCCCCAUCACCGUCGCCAUCAGAACAUCCUGAAAAUGGCCGACUACGGAAAUGGAGUUCCCCCCAACACGGGCCAGAACUUCCAGCCGCCCGUGCCCGACACCACCUAUGGUCCGAUCCAGCAUAUUUUCCGUCCUCGUUCCGACCGUGGCUUCCAGCAGCAGGCAGCCGCCGGUGUUCAAUUGGGUGCUACUUACCAGUCUACCCCCUGCACCUACGCCGUUCCCAUGGCUCCUGGACAGGCCCCCGUUGGUGUCGCCAUGCCGCAGGUUCAGAAUGGUGUUGCUACUGCUCCCAUGGCUAUGCCUAUGAUGCCCAACCAGACCCAGCCCUUCGUUCUUCAAAACGGUCAGCCCAUUCAGUAUGUCGCCACUGGAAUGCCCGGCCAGGGUUAUCCCGCCGUCAUGCCCACUCCUGGCAUGCCUCAGCCCAUGGGAAACGUCGUCGUCGGCGCCGGAGGACAGCCUCAGCCCCAGGUGCUGAUGACAGGUAAUUGCGGCCCCGGUGGCAACCCCAACCCCAACCCCCCUGAUAUCAUGGGCGUCGGCCGUACCCAGGGUGAGCACAAUGCUCAGUUGCUCAACGACAUGCACGCCAGUAGUCUCUUGGAGCCCCAGGAGAUGAAGCCAGCCGACGAUGACCCUUCACGCAUGUACCUCCUUCGUGAGCUAGAUGGUAACUGGACUAAGCGCAACCGGUUUACCCUCGAUAGACUGCCUGUCCGCUGGUACGUCACUCCCUGGGGCGGCUUCUACGCUGUCCGCCUGGAGGACUAA